AUGGCGCCGGCUUCUCUGUGUCCCGCGCCGGCUUCGGGUGGCCGCCCCGCGAGCAGCCACGUCCCGCCUCAGACCAGCUCCUUCCGGGCUUGCCGGCUUCCGCUCACCCGGCUGCUGCCGUGCCUCCGGCCGACUCCGCCUUGCCGCCGCGCCCGGCCGACUCCUGCAGCGCCCGGCCGCCGGGUCACUGGCACCCCCGCCUCCGGCUUUGUCCCUCUCCGGCCUACGUCGCUCCUUGCCGGCUCCCCCCCAGCUCGGCCGGCUCCCGAGCACCGCCACUUCCGCGCCGGCUCCGCCCCUGCCGAGACGCCUCGCCCGCCCACCGGCACCCGCGGGCCGGCUUCACCUCGCCUCGGCCGCCUUCGCGCCGACCCAGCCCCCGUCCCGGGCUGCCUUCUCGCGGCCGUGCCGGCUUCCAGCGCCCCCGCGCACCCGGCCCGGGCCGGUUCGCCGCCCCUUCCGCACCCUACGCAGGCCGGCUCCUCCGUCCCGGCCACCCCCAACCUCGCGCCUCCGCCUGGCCUGUCGGCUGGCCGCCCGCGCUUUGUCGGCUCGUGCCCCUGCCGCAGCGCUGGCUCUGGCGGAUCCACCCCUGGCCACGCCGGCUGCGCCGGCUGCCCCGCCUCCCAGCCUGCCCGCUGCGACCAGUGCAUCCUGUGGUCAGCUGCUCCUGAACAAAAAGAAAGAGAGAAGCGGGGGCCGGCUGCUCGCAUAGAGCCGGCUGGAAAAAUCAGUGGCCGAGUGCCAAGCAAAAAAAAAGAGGCAUCCAGCCGGCUGCUCGUGCAAAAGAAGGGCCGACUGCCCAUCCGGCAUUGA